GGGAUCACUUCCUGUACUGAAGUACAAUGAAAACGAAAGUCAAAGGGAAACGUGCACAUGGUCGAGUACGUGCCACAGACUGACAAUCAGCUCUGACUCCCGCAGGUCAGCAGUAUGAGCCAGUGGAAGCAAAUCCAGCAGCUGGAGAUUAGACUCCUGGAACAUGUGGACUAUUUGUAUGAUGACAACUUUCCAAUGGACGUCAGGCAGGGUCUGGCCGCCUGGAUCGAGGGUCAGGAUUGGGACACAGCCGCCGACAAUGAAUUGAUGGCAGCCAUGCUGUUCACCAACCUGCUGUCCCACUUGGAGAGGCUGCGCUCUCAAGAGCAGAACUUCUUGCAGAGACACAAUAUGAAAAUCAUACAACAACAGCUCCAGGCGAAAUAUUCAAGUAACCCAGUGGCCAUGGCCAGAGUGGUCUCCAACCGCCUCAGAGAAGAGCGGCGGAUCCUCUCCAGCGCUUGCAUGCAGGAACAGGGUCCACUGGAGAAGUCACUGCAGAAUUCAGUGGCCUCUGAGAGGCAGAAGAAUAUGGACGGCAGAAUUGGGAUCAUCAGGGGAAGUGUGCAACUGAUGGACCAUGGAGUGAAAUACAUCGAGGACAUGCAGGAUGAUUUUGAUUUCCGCUACAAGACCCUUCAGUCUCGAGAUCCAGCAGAGAGGAACUCUGACCUGAUGAAACAGGAAGUAACAAGACUGCAAGAAAUACUAAACAUACUCGACUCGAAAAGGAAGGAGAUUCUGUCAAAGAUGGCUGUUGCCAUCAAGGAGGUUGAUGACAUGAUGACGUCUCAGCUCAUUCCUGAGCUUCAGGACUGGAAACGGAAACAGCAAAUGGCUGCCAUUGGGAGCCCGGUGCUCACCAGCUUGGACCAACUGCAGAGCUGGUUUACUCUAACAGCCCAGAGUCUCUUCCAGAUUAAGCGCCAGCUGGACAAACUGGGGGAGCUGGUUUUGAAGGUCACCUAUGACAGUGACCCCAUCCCCUUCCAAAAACCCCAGUUGGAGGAAAGAGUAAAAUACCUCAUUUAUCACCUCAUCAAGAGCUCAUUUGUGGUGGAGAAGCAGCCCUGUAUGCCCACAUAUCCACAGAAACCCCUCGUCAUCAAGACAAGUGUGCAAUUCACCACAAAAGUCAGGCUCCUGGUUAAACUUCCGGCAGUGGAUUAUCAGCUGAAGGUUAAAACAACAUUUGACAAGGACCUCCCUCCAGGCCGAGUAAGUCGUCAGUUUUUUAUCCUGACCAAUAACACUAAAGUCAUGGAUAUUGAGGAUUUCUCCAACGGCUGCCUUUCAGUGGAAUUUAGACACUUGCAGCUAAAAGAGAAGAAAUAUGCUAGCUCCACAAAGGGGAAUGAGAAUCUGUUGUCUGUAACAGAAGAACUUCACACUUUAUGUUUCGAGGCAUACUUCACAGUGCAAGGCCUUAACAUCGACUUGGAGACAUGUUCCCUGCCACUGGUGGUCAUUUCUAAUGGGAGUCAGCUGCCUGGCGCCUGGGCCUCUAUCAUGUGGUAUAAUCUUUUGACUGAUGAGCCGAGGAACUUGGCCUUUCUCAGCAAUCCACCUCGAGCCACAUGGUCGCAGCUCUCAGAGGUGCUCAGCUGGCAGUUCUCCGCCAACACUGGUCGGGGCCUCAACAAGGAGCAGCUCACUAUGUUGGGAGGAAAGCUUCUUGGUCUGCAUGCCUCCGAUGGUGAUCAAGUCCACUGGUCUAAGUUUUGUAAGGAGAAUAUUCCAGGAAAACCUUUCAGUUUCUGGAUAUGGCUGGAGUCCAUCCUGGAAUUGAUCAAGAAGCACUUGCUGCCCGUGUGGAAUGAAAACUACAUCAUGGGUUUCGUGAGUAAAGAGAUGGAGCGAAUUCUGUUGCGGGAGAAAGAGUCAGGCACUUUCCUCCUGCGCUUCAGCGAGAGCCACCUUGGAGGAAUCACCUUCACCUGGGUGCAACACAGUGAUAGCGGAGAGGUCAACUUCAACUCUGUGGAGCCGUACACGAAAAGCCGUCUGAACGCACUAGCGUUUCCUGACAUCAUAAGGGACUACAAAGUGAUCUCAGAUGGGGUUGUCCCCAAGAACCCACUCAAGGUCCUCUAUCCUGACAUCCCCAAAGACCAGGCCUUUGGACAGCUUUACAACAGUCUACCCAAUAAAGUCCAUCCAUACAUACCAUCCACUCUGGUCCCCAUGUCUGAACUGCGGUCAAAUGUGAGCCCCCCAUCACCUCCUUGUGAGUCACCUGAGCCUCCGAUGACCCCAGGAGAGUUUGACAUGCUCAACAAGACCUUAUGCUUGGAUAUGGAUGUUAUUGCAUCUCCAUAUUGCGAGUAGAGAGCGACACACACACACACACACACACACACACACACACACACACACACACACUGUCUACUCCCAGGUCAGCCAAUCCUGGGCCAAGCAAAAUGCAGUCAACUGUUGUUGUGUUAUCAUGCUUAAGUUGUUUUCUAUCACAGUCCCUCGUUUAUCUCGGUUCACUGGUUCCAAAAUAAGAAAGAAAUGAAUUUCCAUCAAGUUGUUGACACUUUUGUUGCACAACAUCACAUACUUCCCCAGUCUUGAACUUUGAACCCUGCAUCUGAGACGGUGGUGCGGCUACUUUAUGACUUUUUUACAAACUUGUGACAUCUCCUGUACUGAGAAAUGACUACGAGUCCUUUAAAUACUGCCUCUCACAAGUAAGUGAGGAAACGGUGGCUCUCUCUUUGACAGAAGCCAGUCAUGAGCUGCUAGAAACCUCAAGACCAGCUCAUCAAGUCACUGGAGAUGGCAGGAGGUCAUGACUCAAUAGAACAUUUGGACGACCGCUUUCAUCCUACAAACUUAUCACACAGCAGCUAACACUCAAAAUGUAGCUUCUAAAUAUACGAGACAAGUACCGAUACAAGUUUCUAAUGAGAAACCAAAGCGAUUUGAACUUGUACCCACAAUCCAUUGCGUCAAGCAGAGAAGUUCAUUGGCCAAUGGCUGCCCGCUGCCGGGCCACCAGAGGGAGCUCAUGAGCUCCCAGGGACCUCCUAUGAGCUCAUGAAAGCCCAACCUAAUUUUCCCAAAAAGUACCCUAUUUUGUUUUGCUCGCUUUUCCUAACAUUACGACGUUUAAAAAAAGUCACAUUUUAACUCUACACUGCUAAAAUUACGUCAUUUUUCCUCAUAUUUCGUAAAAUUGCAGCUGUUUUUCUCGUUUCUGCUGCUGCUUUUUUUCCCAACUAUUUCAGCUUUCUUCUUGUCAAUUUUCUUCUCAUAAUUAUGAUUUUAUUCCCAUAAUAUUUUCACUUUGUUCUCGUAACAUUAGAAGUUUUCCAGCAACCUCAUCUUCCAAAAAACGUCAACUUUAUGCAUCGUUUUGUUUGCUUCUCCCAACAUUAAGAACUUCAAAAAUGUAACUCUCUUUUCUUUAAUGUUCCUAAUUUAUGAUACUAAAAUGAUGUAUUUUUUUUCAUUUCACGUGGUUCUUAUAAAAUUACAACUUUUUUCGGUCUAACCUGCGUGGCUCGCGGAUCAUUACACUUGACAACUAGAAAUAGGAGUUAUAGUCAUGAAAUAAAUAC